AUGCUGCUUCACUGGCUAGCCAACAAUAUUCAAAUUGACAACAUGACACUCAAUUUCAAUGCAUCCAGGGAAGACUAUGGCAUUCAUUUCUAUGGAAACGCUGAUAUCCCCAGUCUGUUACCUUCACUGUCCAGUCUCCAUGUAAGGUACUACGCACUAGGGAAUAUUGGUCGCAAUAACAGCAACAAUGGCGCUAUGGCACCUCCUUAUUAUGUAACUCAAAAAUUCUACAACUCAAGGGGGACUGAGAACAACAGGGACAGGGUCAAACUCAGAGUUAGGAACGAAGGGUCCAAUCAGCAAAGUGUGGACGAGGUCUAUGUCACACAGCACUAUACACCAAAUGGAAACAGAGGAAGUGGCUAUGAUCCAGACAAUACAUACCGUGUCAAUGUCAGCCUCCUUAGACAAAUCCAAAGUCUACCAACCAUUAAUAACCUAAAUGUUAUUCCACAAACAUAUCAUGUAGAGAUCAAACACAACAGUCUGCAGAGUCUGAAAAACACCUGGGGAGGCAAACCUGGUCUGGUACUUCUUCUGGCUCUUGUAUUGCACGUUACACGUCCCAAUAUCUUAUUUAAGGAGCCAGCUCUUCGUUUAACAUCUCAACCCCAGAGUGGCAUGGACAACUCCACUCUGGGGAGUUGA